AUGGCCGGAGUUGGUUUUGCUCUGACGCUCUGCGUCCUGCUCGCCCACGGCGUCAUUUGGGAGGCGCGGGCGGCGUCGUACACCGUCGGGAACAGCGCCGGCUGGGACAUCAGCGCCGACCUCCCGUCGUGGGCGGACGGCAAGACGUUCAACGUCGGCGACGUUCUAGUGUUCACGUACUCCAAGUACCACACCCUGGACGAGGUGGACGCGGCGGGGUUCAGCAACUGCAGCGCCGCCAACGCGCUUCUCUCCCGGAGCGACGGCAACACGACGGUUGCCCUGACGUCCGGCGGCGACCGGUACUUCAUCUGCGCCCACCAGACGCACUGCCUCGGCGGCAUGAAGCUGCACGUGCACGUCACCGGCGGCUCCACGGCCGCAGUCCCCGCCGGCGCCGGCCUCGGCGCCCCGCAAGCGAGCCCGGGCGGCGCCCUUGGGCCAGUGGGCGCCGGCACCGACUACGGCGACGCGGGCAUCCCCAGGCUCGACCUCGGCGGCUCGCACCGGCUGCUUGGGACAGGGACCGUGCUGGCGACGUUGUGGCUGUGCGUAGCUGUAGCUCUGUUCAUAUGA